CAGCCCAAGUCCAGAUUGCAAGUUGAUCUAGCCGGCCCAGCCUAUUUUCAAUUUCAAAUCCAGUUCACUGUUCAUCACUUAUCUUUCAUUCUGAGUUUAGGGUUUCACAUUUUCACGCAGCCGUCACAGCGCCAGAGCGCCUGCCUCAACCCUCAGCCAAUCAGCCCCUUCGGCCCUUCUCCACAGCCCUCGCGCCGUAGCGCGCGCAGCGCCUAGCGCCUCCCGCCCUGACCACCACUAGUGACGCUGCUGCCUGCUGCCGCUCGACACCACACAAGCCACGCCCACGCCGCUGCCCUCACCUGUGCUGGCUGUGGCUUGUUGGAAAUGAGAAAAGGAUUGCACCCUCAAUUACAAUGGAUCUCUUAUGUAACCCAAAGUGGCAGAUUGAUGCAUGUUAUGAUGACCAAAAUACACAAAACUGGUAAAGUCUACCACCUCAGAGCAAAACGCCAGAUGGCCGAAAGUCUUGGCCAGGUUGCCAAGUUCAAGCGUCGUUAUGAGCAAAAAAAUGGGGAAGUUGAAGGAAAAUGACUAUAGCAACCUCUCCUGUUACUUUCGAAGCAGAACUCUUAAGUAGCAUUUUAUUUUCGAUUGCGCCAGGGGUGUAACUGGAAUUUGAAUGGUAAUAAUAUAGUUUUGUUAUCUGUCUAUGCUGGUCAUAUUUGGAUGUUGCAUGUAACAAAAUUUAUCUCAUAUGGUCCAUUUGUUGUGUUAAUGUUAAAA